AUGCGCGUGUGCGCGCUCGCCUACGCGCUCAAGAAGAAGGGUAUCAAGCGCGGCGACCGUGUUGCGGUCAUCUGCCCGAACGUGCCCAUGAUCCUGGACAUGAUUCAGGCUGUUCCGGCCGUGCACGCCAUCAUUGUGCCGCUCAACAUCCGUCUCACGGUCCCCGAGGUCGACUACAUUCUCGAGCACUCUGGCUCCAAGCUCCUGAUCGUGGACCACGAGUUUGCGCACCUCGCCAAGAACUUCAAGGGCGAGGUCAUCGUGUCCAAGGACAGCGGCGGCCGCGACCCGACCGACGCGUACGAGCAGUUCAUCGAGACGGGCAAGUACGACGCCGACUUUAUCGGAUGGCAGGGCCUCGAGCUCAUUGACGACGAGGACGCGGGCCUCGCCAUUUGCUACACCUCUGGCACGACUGGCCGCCCCAAGGGUGUUCUCACCACCUUCCGCGGCACCUACCUCGGUGCGCUCGGCAAUGCGUUCAGUGCCAAGAUGGACAACGAGUCCAACUACCUCUGGAUCCUGCCCGCUUUCCACGCGCUCGGCUGGUGCUUCCCCUUUGCGAUCACUGCCGCGACGUCGGGCCAGGUGUGCCUCCGCUCUGUGGGCGACUACAGCCCGAUCUGGGAGUCGAUCAGCCGCGAUAAGAUCUCGGUGUACUGUGCUGCCCCCACGGUGCAGAUCGGCAUCAUCAACCACCCCUCUGCCAAGCCGGUGGACCACGACAUCCGCACGCUCGUGGCCGGAGCCGCGCCCUCGGCCUUCCUCAUCAACACGCUCGAGACCAAGCUCAACAUCAAGGUCGUGCACGUCUACGGCCUGACCGAGACGUAUGGCCCGAUCACGAACAAUGUGGAGCAGCCCGAGUGGAAGGUCGAGCUGACGCAGGAGGAGUUCUACAAGCGCAAGGCGAUGCAGGGCCACGCCUUCAUCACCGCCGACGAGUGCCGUGUCAUCCGUCCCGAGUCCUCCGCCGCCGACGGAUACGAGGACGUGAACCCAGACGGGCACGAGGUGGGCGAGAUCGUGAUGCGCGGCAACAUCGCGCUGAAGGAGUACUGGAACGACCCGGAGGCGACAGCCAAGGCGUUUGAGGGCGGGUGGUUCCACAGUGGUGACCUGGCUGUGCGCAUGCCCUACGGCAUGAUCUCGAUCCAGGACCGGAGCAAGGACAUCAUCAUCUCUGGUGGCGAGAAUGCGUCGUCGCUCUCAAUCGAGGCGGCCAUCUACCAGCACCCCGACGUGCUGGAGUGUGCGGUCGUCGCGCGCCCGCACGAGAAGUACGGCGAGCGCGCACACGCCUUCAUCAUCCUCAGGCCCCACGUCCAGGCCAAGUGGGACGGCAAGCCGGACGCGUUCGCCGCCGAGCUCAAGGAAUUCUGCAAGCCCCUCCUCCCCGGCUUUGCGCGCCCGGAGUGGGUCGAGAUCACCUCCGACCUCCCCAAGACGUCGACGGGCAAGAUCCAGAAACACGAGCUCCGCAAGCGCUUCCCCCGUAUUGGUGUGCAGUAA